UGCACCGCCAUUUAUGAUACAAGCGUCCGCGCCAUUCCAUUCUGCAUCCCCAAAUAUCCGACCCCAAUCGACUUAAUUAGAGCUCAAUUUGCUACGCUAUCACUCUCAAUUCUUCAUCGGACUCGAUUAUUCAAGGGAUGGCAGGCCAAACCGAUCCCAGCCUGUCUACCUUUUCCGGCGAAGAGGUCGAGUUUAUGGCCGAAGACGAAAUGGUGGAGAUCGUUCCCAAUAUGCGAAUGGAUCCUCUCAACAUGCUCUGUGGAGAUUUUGGUCCAUUCUACCCGCAAAUGGCAACCCAAGUACCGUUGUGGCUGGCGAUUGCUAUGAAGAAGAGAGGGAAAUGCACAAUUCGGCCCCCAGAGUGGAUGUCUAUCGAAAACUUGACUCGGAUUUUGGAAGCAGAGCGCGAUUCUCAGGCAGCAUUUCAAGUUCUACCUUUCCAUUAUGUUGAAAUCUCUAGCCUUCUUUUUGAAUAUGCACCCGACGACAUUCCUGACAUAUAUAUGGUGAGGUCUCUUAUUAACGACAUCAGGGAUGUAAGGUUUCAUAAGGUUGAGACUAGCUUAGAAUCAUUCGAGGAGGCUCACUCUUCUGCAGUGAUGGUCAAGGAUCUAUCUGCCAUGGAAGUGAAUUUAGUUCGCCCAUUUGUUGGGAGAGCCUUACAGGCAUUUUAUAAGCAUGGCGGUCCAGAGCUGGUUCCAAAUCCAGAUGGAAUGUCUGCCAGACGGCCACAAGCAACUGAUAACAUACCAAGACGCCCUCUGCGGAGACGGUAAUAGCUUUCAUAGAGGCAACAUGUACCUUUCAAUUCAGCCAGAACCACUAAUUUCAGCAUGCUCGCAAGGAAAGUACUUCUUUCCCCGAAAACCAUUCAUAGUAAUAACCCUGUAGUUAAAUAAUGUUUUCUGUUGAACCAUCACAGAGUAAUGUUAUUUUGUCCUUACAGUUAUAAGACGUUGCUCUAAUGCAGAUGAGAAAGAUAACCUGAAAUUUCAUUACUUGUAGAAUAAUCUAUGUUUGACAAUUACUGAUGUCUGUUUGUGACUGCAAAAAUGUUGUAGACAUUGGUGCAUGUUCCUUGAUCUUUCUUGAUAAUUUUGUCUAGUUUAUCCUGGUA